GUCAGAUCCCACUACCCUGGAUUAUUCAUUUUUGACCCUCGAUUACGAAGAUCAACGGUCAGAAAUGAACAAUAGGGGCUAGUGGGAUCUGGCCCUCAGUAGAGUUCGAACGGAGAAAGCAAAAGGCUUUUACAUUAUAUAAUGAAACAAUGCAACUCUGUUUUUUUAACGUUUUAUUUUUUUAGUGGAGCAGUCAGUGGAGCUCGAACGGAUAGAGGAGUGGAGCGGUGAGUUGAGUUUGCAAAGGGCUUCUUUUUCUGUGUGUGUGUUUUCUGGAGGAGGGGAGAGGUCGGGGGGAGGGAGGAGGGGGAGCUUCCGCACGUCCCCGGUAGUUGGAGCGGCAGCGAGCUCAGGACUUGAGGGAGAAGAUCAACCAUAGCUAGUGCACAAGAGUGGUCGACAGUUCGUACAGCAUCACAGAUGGCUCCUAAGGCUCCUAAGGCGGUUCUUUUCAUCGUCGGUGACUAUGUGGAAGACUAUGAGGUAAUGGUUCCCUUUCAGACCCUACAAGCAUUCGGAAUCCAUGUCGACGCCGUGUGCCCGGGGAAACAAGCCGGUGGCAUCAUCCGCACAGCUGUCCACGACUUCGAAGGCGACCAGACUUAUUCCGAGAAGCGUGGUCACAAUUUUACAUUGACGAAAUGUUUUAAGGAAGUGAAAGUCAGCGAUUACGAUGGGCUGGUGAUUCCAGGGGGGAGAGCUCCUGAGUACCUGUCCUUGGAUCAGGCCGUGCUUUCCAUCGUCCAGCAAUUUCAUAAUGCCGACAAACCGAUUGCCUCCAUCUGUCACGGGCAGCUGAUUCUUGGUGCAGCAGGAGUUCUCAAGGGGAAAAAGUGCACAGCUUAUCCUGCGGUGAAGCCUUUCGUGAUUGCCGCCGGAGCUGAAUGGCUUGACGCUGAUCCCAUAUCUCGAUGUUUUACGGACGGUAAGCUUGUGACAGGCGCGGCAUGGCCAGGCCACCCAGAGUUCGUGGCACAGUUCAUUUUGGCAUUGGGAGGCAAAAUCAAAGGCGGUAACAAGAAAAUCCUCCUGCUCGUCGGGGAUUAUGUGGAGGAUUACGAGGUGAUGGUUCCUUUUCAAGCUCUCCUGGCGCUUGGUUAUGCGGUUCACGCUGUUUGUCCCGGCAAGGAGGCUGGGGCCAUCUGCAGGACUGCAAUUCACGACUUCGAGGGUGAUCAGACGUACUCAGAGAAACCUGGACACAACUUCACGUUGAAUGCGAGCUUCACUGAGGUGAACGCCGAGGAGUAUGAUGCCCUGGUCAUUCCGGGCGGGCGUGCCCCUGAGUACUUGGCGCUUAACGAAGACGUGCUCUCGAUUGUGAGGAGCUUCAUGAGCAGCUCCAAGCCGGUUGCUUCAAUCUGCCAUGGCCAAUUAAUCCUUGCCGCUGCCGGUGUUCUUGCUGGCCGUAAAUGCACAGCCUAUCCAGCUUUGGAACCAGUAGUCGUGGCGGCCGGCGGCCAGUGGCUGGGACCAGACCCCAUCUCAGCAUGUUUCACAGAUGGUAAUCUGGUUACGGGCGCAGCUUGGCCAGGUCACCCUGAGUUUAUAGCCCAGUUGAUGAAGCUUCUCGACACGAGGGUCGAUUUUGCCUGAUCGAAGACUAUGUGCAAGAUCCUUUUCCUUCCUUUUCUUUUCUUGCACGAUCAUCAUCUUCAAGUUGUUGUUUCUAUCUAUUGACCCUCGUGUAGGGAAUGGUAGGGAGGGAGGUUUAUAUUGUGGUGUGGCACGCAAUCAUUCCAAUUGGGAUUGACAUCACCUGGGGGUAACCUCUGGUCACCCAAACCACUGGGAAUGGUAGGCGCGCGAUUACGCGCGGUCUGUUCCAUGGCCCCUCAUUAUGCAAUCUGGAGGCCAGAGAGUCUGCAUUGCUCUAGAAGGAGAACAAGACAGACUCACACGACGGCCGCCUGCUGCGGGCUUGGUGAUCACCAGCUGAGAUAGUUGGCUUGCCGCCCCCCUCCCCCCCUCCUUGGACGGUCUUGGCAGGAGCCUGCCAGGGUUCCCUUCACCCGCGCCCCUGCAAUCCCUCGCUGGGGGUUAGAAGCCUAGGUAGUAGGUACUACCCCCCCUGCACAGAGUAGAGUAAAUAAUAAAUAGACAUAGCCUGCCUUCCUUUGGUGCAUAGACAUGGACUUGUUGUCUUAGAUAUGUCGGUAGAUAGUGCAAAGUAUGUAGUAGGUAGCGACUGUGAGGUGGAGUGGAUUGAGAGAUGAAGGAAAAAAAAGACAGAGUCACAUGAUGGGCCCCACUUCCUGAAAAAAAAUAUGCUCACUGCUGGAGCCAAUCGAUUGGAGAUAAGCUUGGCACUUUUGUUCGGUAUAUAUCCGCAAAUUGGACGGGCGAUACAUGGCCCCCUCAAGUUGGAUUGCAUUUAGAUUAGAAUGAUACAUGAUGUCCCAGGGGGCUACCUAGAGGUAACCCAGGGGGAGUGUACCAAGUGGGAAACCCGUGGAACAAAGCGGUCUACGGCUGUAUUUGGGGCAAGUUUCGGUCUACGUGCGUUUUGUUUGGAUGAAUACAAACUUCGGGUUUGAACAUCAGAGUUGAACCCAGUUGCCUGCAGAAAAAUUCAUGAACCUGUGUGGCUGUAUUUGGGGCAAGUUUCGGUCGACGUGCAGAAAGACAUGAAAGUGCAUUCGUUCACUCGGGGGGGGGGGGGGGAAAUUAUUUGUGGAACCCGCCCACACUGAUUCCGCAGGCAAAAGAUGUUGGUCCCACAAAUCGAUUUUUUUUUUUUCCCGAGUGGACUUACGGGCUCUUCACUACCAUCAACUGUCCUUCCGGAUAGAGCGAGAAUGAACGUGCAUUCUAUUUGGGUGAAGACGGUAGGGCAGGACGCACGCGCGAAGGGAGAAAGUAACUAGUAAAUACCUGCUGGAUUGGUUUUCUGAACGUAGUAAUGUACGGUAGUAACAUACCUACUAGUUACUAGAUUACUACAUUACUGGAUUAGUAAAUACAUUAGUAAUGUAUGUAACUACAUUACUAAUGUAUUUACUAUUUACUAGUUACUACCGUAGUAACUAGUAAAUAGUAACUAGUAAAUACGGUAGUAAUGUAGUUACAUUAGUAAUGUAGUAAAUACGGUGGUAUGUAACUACCGUAGUAAAUACAUUAGUAACUAAUAAUGUAGUAAUGUAGUACAUACGGUAGUAACUACCGUAUUUACUACAUUACUAAUGUAACUACCGUAGUAAAUACGGUAGUGAUGUAGUAACAUACCUACUAGUUACUACAUUACUACAUUACUGGAUUGGUUUUCUGAAGGUAGUAAUGUAGUGAAAUACCCUUUGAUUGUGUGCUCAGGGAGUAAAUACACUAAAAGAGU